GAACCGAUGACUGACAUACUUCCGGAUUUCCCCUGCUUGUAGUGUCCGUGCCUUUCGCACCAUCACUUACAACGCUCGUUGGGCAGCCAAGCUAGAGAAGCAGAAGGCAAAAGAAGCUGCUCGCCAAGAACGACUAGCUGCGAAGGCAGACGCAAAAAAACGGGCAGCCGAGGAUGCAGCAAAGAGUCAGAAGAUCAACCCGUUCGCUUCAGGACCUAGCUCAACUGGAGCGGGCGGAAUGUUUGGUGUUAACCCAUUCACCGAUUCUGAGCCCAGCUCAUCAUUCUCUCAAGGGACACAAGCCGAUGACAGAGAUGACGAACAUGAGAGUGACGCAACCGACGAGGACGAGGCCGAAGACGCCGAGCUACAGUUUCGAAUCGAAGAGGAGCUAGCCAUCAAAGCGAGUCUAGCGGAGCAAGAGGACAAGGCCGCGGCUACCGCAGAUGGACGAAUAGCAGAGGUGGACCCCUGGAAGAAUAAGAGACGAGCCUACUAUAAGGCACCUCAGUACGUUUCAACCAUACCGGAACCGUCAUCAUCAUCAUCAUUAUCAGCGGCGACCACCGGAACGAAGAAAAAACGGAAUGACAACGGAACAAACGGCGGUGCAGCAGACGCGGAAGCGGGUGACGGGGCAUGCCUCACCGGACCUGAUGGAAAGCCGUAUGCCAAGGAAGGGUACGAAAAGAUGUUCCUCUCGGGAAUUGACUCGGUCUUCGAGCGCUUUGUCGAUCGUGUGGGCCGUUGUAGCUCUCAACUGAUUCGGUACGAGUUUGGCGGAGAGCCACUGCCAUUCAGCAACAAAGGAGAGACAUUCAAGCGCUUUUGGCGCACGAAAGUGCAAUCCCAAGCUAUCGGGGCGGUAAGGUUCGAUGCGGAAGCAGCGGGGACGUGCGCUGUAUGCGGUUCCAAGCGUGUCUUUGAGCUGCAGCUGAUGCCGAACGUCGUCAACCUGCUUCGACCGGAGGCCGUCGAGGGCGGCGACGACGAUGUCGAGGAUGAAAGCGGCAACAGAACGAACAAGGCAGCCACGGCUGGUGCUGCAGCUGUGGCUGGAGCAGAUGAGCAAGCGCGCAAGAGACGCGAGAUCGAAGCAGCACUUGCACGUCCUAUUGCUGAUCCGACCGUCGCACAGGAUCUUGCUGCUAGCGGCAUACAACGCUCUACAGAUCAGCCAUCCGACCCUGCUGCUGGCCCAGACGAUGCUGCCGCCAAGACCGGCCUGGCAUGGAGCACCGUGCUGGUAUUUGUCUGCGAGAAGGACUGCGUGGGCCCGCUCGGGAGCGAUGCACUGGAACACUGCGCGGAGGAGUUGGCGGAGGUCAUGUGGGAGCACGAUUGACCAUGACACCUUUCAUAGUGAUUUUUGGUCAUCAGGAGGACGGAACGUCAUAAAGUUUAACUUGUAGCAUAUAUUUGCAAUGUCAGACUAUAUGUGCUUCCGCC